GGGCGGGGUCAUGACUGGUUCCACCCUCAGCAGACCUCCUAUAUAUUGAGGGGUAGAGGCGCACCUUUUCACAAAAUUCUCUGACAAGGAAGCAGGAUGGCAACUAAUAUUAGACUCGGUUCCCAGGUGGAGGUGGAGGGCUUCAUCCCGCAUGACUGUAAAAGGUUUUUCAUAAACAUGGGAAAAGAUUCUAAUAAUAAAGUGAUACACUUCGACGUUCGAUUUGAUUAUCUUGCAGACCAGCGCAAGAUAGUCUUGAACUCAAUGAAGGACGGUGUCUUUGGAGAGGAGCAGAGGGAGGGCUUCUUCCCCUUCCAGGCGGGGUCAGACACCAAGGUUUCCUUCACGUUUGAGAAUGACAAGAUCGCCAUACAAUUACCUUCUGGAAAUCCUCUCUCCUUUCCAAUCCGCUUUCCCAUAACGGAUAUCACAUUCGUAUCUGUGGAAGAACUCGAGACCAAGUCCAUCACACUGAAAUGAAGAAUCCCGCAACAGAGGAGCCGCCUGUCCUACGUGUCCCUAUCCGGGAUCUGAGAAAUGGUCAUAGAGGACAGAGAAGAAUUUAUUCAUCCUCUUUUGUAACCCCCCCCGAAAUCCAAUGAGUUCUAUUGUGUCUGAUCAAACCAAUCAAUUUAUUAUUUAGUGCUAAUGAAUUUGUAUUAAAAUCAAAUAAAUAGAAAAUUAACCAGCA